AUGGAUCGCCCCAUGUCUACGCAGGAGCAGCAGCUCUGCAACCUCUUGGUGACUCUACCGUCCCGUUUCAACUAUGUAUACUCUCAGCAAGCGGAGAAGGAGCUUCUCGAAGGCCUGUACUGGACUCUAGCUCGCGGCAAUGAUGCUAAUCUGAGCCUCUUUUUCCCGCCCGGCACCAACCCGACGACGAUGAAGCUGAGCGACGCCCAAGGGGCCGUGGAAGGGGCGGAAUAUACCGAAGCCGCGAGGGGCAAGCGAUGUGGACACAUAUUCAAGGCGGGCGAGGCCUCGUACGCUUGCCGUACCUGUAGCACCGAUGACACAUGUGUGCUCUGCAGCCGGUGCUUUGAUGCGACCGACCAUACCGGACACAUGAUCCGAAUCAACAUCUCCGUUGGCAACAGCGGCUGCUGCGACUGCGGGGAUCAUGAGGCCUGGAAAGUGCCCAUGCAUUGCACCAUCCAUUCCGAGCUCGAAGGCUCCGGCGCUGCGACAGAUAAGGGCAAGGCGACGAGCAAUGUGCCCGAGGAGGUCAGGCAGUCCAUCUCCAUGGCGGUGGCCCGCGUAAUCGACUUCAUUUGCGACGUCAUAUCGUGCUCGCCCGAGCAACUUCGGCAGGCCAAGUCUAAGGAUUCCGUGAAAAAGGACGAACUCGCCUCUCGGCUCUCGGGCGCCUCCUAUGGCAGGGAUGAGCCUGUGCCGAAUGACGGCAAAGUUUUGUACAGUCUUCUCCUGUGGAAUGAUGAGAAGCAUACAAUUACAGAUGUCCAAAAUCACGUUGCGCGUUCUUGCCGCAUUGCCGAGGCCACGGCGUACAAGAUGGCCAUCGAAACCGAUACGAUUGGGCGGAGUCUCUUGAAGCAUGACAGUGACGUUGAAAAGCUCCUCUCGACGGCUAAGAAGCUCGAGGAGAUCCGCGUCACCGUCACCGUGAGGUCUUCUCGUGAUACGUUUCGCGAGCAAAUGUGCGCUAGCAUGAUUGAGUGGCUUAGCGACAUCGCCGGUUGCAGCGUUGGCAACGACAAUACGCUACUCCGCCAGAUCGUGUGCCAGGAGCUCCUCUCCCCUUGGAGGCAGGGCAGCUCUGCGGCACACAGUGCUAUUGGCAAAGACGGGAUCGACGACGAGGCCCUCAUUGCCUUUGAGAUGGAAAGGGAGCAGCGCUUCCAAAGACAUGUCAUACACAAUUUCCAGCGUCUCGCUGCCCAACAGGCUGCACGCAUCCAAGUCAACCGCGCGCAAGACCCGGAUAAUCCUUGGGACCCCGAGGCAAACGUAGGAAUCGAUAGCGAUGAUGACAUUGAAGGUUUCCUUGAUUUCGAUGACGAAGGUUCAGUAUCUAUCCAGGAUGAGGAGGAGGAGGAGGAGGUUGCGGCGGAUGAUGACGUGAUGAUGGUUGAUGCUGCGCCUGCGGCUGGCAACGAAGGGGAGGCCGAAGUUGGGCCCGAAUGGCCCCAGAAUGAGCAAGCCCCGUUGGAGGACGACGAGGCGACCAUGGCUGGAUAUCCACCGCCGCCCCUUCCCCCACCAACCACUGGCGAGGCGGCUCGCAGGGCCAUUGGCCGAGAGCGUGAGCAAACUCCCUCAGACUCUGAUACUACGGAACUGGCAGCGCCAGCAAUAUACGGAGCCAAAGCCAACGCCGAUAUCCCCAAGACUCCCGGAAAGACUCCGAAGCCCGCGGGCUCGAAGCCUGAUUGGCUAAUACUGUUCGACCUGCGGCUUUGGAAAAAGGUGCGGAAUGACCUGCGCUCCCUCUACAUAUCCACCGUCGUCCAGGUACCACAGUUCAAGCGCAUCCUGGGCCUUCGCUUUGCGAGCCUGUACACCAUACUGGCCCAGUUGUAUCUCAUUGGUGACAGAGAACCCGACCAUUCGAUUAUCAACCUGUCAUUACAGAUGUUCACCACACCUUCCAUCACCGCCGAACUUGUAGAGCGUGGGAAUUUCUUAACGAGCCUGCUGUCCAUCCUCUAUACUUUCCUCACCACGCGCCAGGUUGGCCACCCCUGGGACGUCUCCUCAGAUGCUGUGCUCGCUUUUGACAGCGGCUCCGUUACUAACCGGCGCAUGUAUCACUUUUACAUGGAUCUUAAAUUUUUGUUCUGCUCGCCUCACGUGCAGGAACGUAUUCGCGCGGAAUCGAGGUAUCUAAUGCAGUUCUUGGACCUUGUCAAGCUGCACCAAGGCAUCGGCCCGAACCUUCGGGCAGUCGGGGAGCAUGUAGAAUACGAGACCGACAGCUGGAUAACGGCUUCUCUAGUCACACGAGAAAUCAACCGGAUGUCGCGGCAGCUCUCUGACUCCUUCCGCAACUGCCCUCCAGAUGAGCAGUCGAGUCUAUUCCGCGCUAUCCGGACUGUGGCCAAGACCGUCAUCAUCAACUCCAUCGGCGCCGAGCGUGCGCGCUUCAAGCAUGCGGAGAUCAAGGAUGAGAUCAAGUUCAAAACCCUCCAAGAUAUGGAAUUUGACGAAGCCACGCACUACAAGGUUGUGAAGUUUGUUGUGGAAACCGACCACAUCAGCUUCCACCACGCUCUUCAUUACACGCUGUCUUGGCUCGUAGAAUGCGGCAAAUCCUGCUCGGCAGAUGAGAUGAAGGCUUUACUAAGCUUUACGACCGAGGACCUCUGGGCCAAGCCCCGGUGCAUGGGCAAAAAGACAAGAUCCAAGCAUGAAUAUUCCGCGGAAGACUAUUUGAUGGCCGCCCUGGACUAUCCUCUGCGCGUGUGCGCGUGGCUAGCCCAGAUCAAGGCGAACAUGUGGGUUCGCAACGGCAUCAGCCUCCGACAUCAGGCAGCUACCUACCGUGGCGUGAAUCAACGGGACGUAUCUCACCAUAGGGACAUUUUCCUAUUGCAAACUGCAAUGGUUGUCUGCAACCCUGGCAGGGUGUUGGCUUCCAUUGUCGACCGCUUCGGCAUGGAGAAUUGGGUCAAGGGCCUCUUUGAGCAGAAGUCCGAGUCUCAGGACGAUGCGCAGCACCUUGAUGUGGUGGAGGACAUGCUCCAUCUUCUCAUUGUAUUACUGAGCGAUCGCACCUCUCUAAUUCCUCCGGAGCAAGAGCCUAACCAAACGCUUCUCUCCAUUCGGCGGGACCUGAUUCACGUCCUCUGCUUCAAGCCGCUCUCGUUUAACGAAAUCACCAACAAGCUCCCCGACAGGUACCAAGAGCAAGAGGAUUUCCACCAAGUCCUAGAAGGUAUGACAACCUUCAAGGCACCAGAGGGCGUGUCGGAUGUGGGCACGUUUGAGCUUCGAACAGAAUUCGUCGAAGAGGUGGAUCCUUAUAUUGCUCACUACAACAAGAACCAGCGCGAAGAGGCUGAGAUGGCGUACCGCAAGAGGAUGGCGAAGAAGACGGGCCAGGACGUGGAGGAAAUCGUGUACGAGCCGCGGCUCCGACCCAUACCAUCUGGCCUGUUCAAGGACUUGUCCCGGUUUACUGGCACUGGCAUGUUUGCGCAAAUCAUCUACUACUCUCUCCUAUACCCCCUCCUCGCAGCCAAGCUUACCCCGGCCGUUCUCGGGACUCGCAUUGAAACCUUCUUGCAGGUCGUGCUUCACCUCAUCCUCAUUGGCAUCGCCGAGGAUGACGUUGCCAAGGACGCUGUGAUCGAGGAGCCCCUCCAGUCCUUUAUCCACAUGGCGCUGUUGAGACAGGCUCGCAGCAAUUUCAUUUCCGAAGCACCCAAUGCCAAGACCAUCGUGGCGCUGCUUGACCUACUCUCGACCAAGGAGGAGUUCAAGGCUUGCCACAAAAAGAUUGCGCUGAUCCUCAACAAGAUGCGUCGCAAGUGCCCGCAGCCAUUCGAUAUGGCCUACGCCGCGCAUGGGAUUCCCUUGGAUCGUAUCAAUACUGCUUCGCCAGCCGUGCAGACAGCGGAGGCAGAGCGAGACCGGAAGAAGAAGGCUGCUCUCAGCCGGCAGGCCAAGGUUCUCGCGCAAUUCCAGCAGCAACAAAAGACAUUUAUGGAGAACCAAGGGAGCAUUGAUUGGGGUUCAGACCUCGAGAAUGACGUUGAUAUCGAAGAGCCGAUGGAAGAUCGAAAGAAUUUCUGGAAGUACCCGACAGGCACUUGUAUCCUGUGCCAAGAAGACACAGACGAUCGCCGCCUCUACGGCACAUUCUCGCUUAUUACCGAAAGCCGCGUACUGCGGUUGACGGAUUUCAAAGAUCCCGACUUUGUGAGGGAGGCGUACAACACGCCGUGCAAUCUUGACCGGUCAGCAGAAGAGAUUCGGCCCUUUGGAGUCGCGCACGAGAAUCGAAAGGUGGUUGAAAAGGUGAGCCAGUCGGGCGAGAGGAUUUUGGAGGAGCGCCAGACGAUAGGUAAAGGGUUCCCUUCGUCCUUGUCGAUACCCGGGCCUGUUUCGGUAGGCUGUGGCCACAUGAUGCACUUUAGCUGCUUUGAGACGUACUUUGAAGCUACGCAACGGCGCCAAGCUGCUCAGAUUGCUCGGCACCAUCCGGAGAAUCUCAAAAGAAACGAGUUUGUUUGUCCCCUCUGCAAAGCAUUGGGCAACGCCUUCCUACCCAUCCUAUGGAAGGGCAAAGAAGAAGCCUACCCCGGUGUCCUGCAGCCGCUCAAGCCAUUCGCCGAGUUCCUCGAGGGCGCUCCGGUAGAACCCGCCCUCACCAAGUUCGCGGUGUCAUCCAUGAUGGGCGACUUUUCGGAAAAGGCGCCCGAGCUUGUGGGCGAUGCGUGGAGGAAGGGCUCAGCCCCGGCACAGACAUUUACCAUUGGGACGGGCCUCGCCUCUCACUCGAUCUCCAUCUCUGAAUCCAACGUACGGGAGAACCCGGGUGCCAACCAAGGGGAGUUGUUGGCGAAGCAAGAGCACAGUCUUGUGGAGUCGCGCCAGUCAAGCAAGACUCUCGUCGAAGCUGUUGGAAUGACAAUCUGCUCGGUUGAGACGCAGCAGCGCGGAAUUGAGGCUGACUACGGAACGACUUUGCUUGACAAGAUUCCCGAGCAGGUCGUCACGCACUUGCGCAUUCUGACAGAAACUGUCGAGUCCUAUAUCGCGUUUGGCGGACUGAGAUCGCGCAGCGACCAAGGCUUUGAGAGAGAGUUCCGCGCAAGCUGCGACCGCCAGCAUUUCCAGCUCUUUGCAGUUCAGUACUAUGAAGACGAGGGCCGGACACCGGCCGUGCUAAAGUUGGCCACCGACCAUACCCCUCUUUUGAGCCAAGAUGUUUUCCUCUUUUUGAAUAAGAGUACUUUCCAUCUCGCGCGCCUGCUCGGCAUUGACCCCUCCAAUCUCUUGCUCCUCUGCUACCUUGCAGAGCUAGUCAAGGUAGUCCACUACAUGGCAAUGCAUAUCCCUAUUGAUGACUGGCUCAAUAGGCUCAUCAAACGAGGGACGCCGAGCCAAGAUCUACAUACAUUUGCGGAAUUCGCCCUCCGAGUCACGGAUAUUUCCCUGGACCUUAGCUCCAACAGGCGAGAUGACGUGUACGACCGCAUCUACGGAGACAAGGAAGGAAAGGAUGAAGUGUUUAACCAGCCUGGUCUGCAGACACUAGAGGGUUUAUACACGCUUGCGAAGAAGUACGCCCUCGUCUUCCUGCGCAAGGCCGUCGUCCUUUUCUACGUCAAGCACGGCAUCGAUCUCAACUGCGCGGUUUCCACCCGGCCUGACGCGGACGAGCUGGACCGGCUCACCGAAGUGCUCAGGCUACCCUCGUUUGGCGAGAUGUGCAGCUCGCUCACGGACGUGAGCGCUUCAUUUGGCUGGCCACACGACACCAGGACCACGGUGGCUGGGUGGAUCGAGCACCAGCUUGACUGGAUGGCCAAAUCCAGCGACCGCCCUUCCUCGAUGCCGCCCGAAUCGGCCGCCCUAACCCAUCCGGGUAUUCUUGAACUCGUCGGCCUGCCCAAGAAUUACGACGCCUUGAUCGAGGAGUCGACCAAACGGCGAUGCCCGACGACGGGCAAGGAUCUCUCGGAUCCGAUGAUGUGCUUACUCUGCGGCGAGAUCUUUUGUAGCCAGAGCGUCUGCUGCCUCAAGCCGGAUCGCUCGGCUGGUGAUCAGGAUAGAGAGAGCAUUGGGGGUGCCCAGCAACACAUGCGAAAGUGCCAACGCAACAUGGGAAUAUUCCUCAAUAUCCGCAAAUGCUGCACGUUCUACCUCUUCCAUAAGUCGGGCUCCUGGAAUACGGCACCCUACAUAGAUCGCUACGGUGAGACGGACAUGGGCCUACGUCACAGCAGGCAGCUAUUUUUACACCAGAGGAGAUAUGAUACGACGCUCCGCGCCGCGUACCUCAACCACGGCGUUCCAAGCUUCAUAAGCCGCAAGCUCGAGGGGAGAUCAACAACGGCGGCUGGGAGACUAUCUAAAACGCUACUCUCUUGA